AUGGCAGGCUUCAGAAUUGGGCUUCCUCUGUUCCUUCUGGGGCUGAUUGAGGUGAAAGCUGCUAACAUCAAAGGACUGACCUAUUAUGAUGCCCUAACAAUGGCUGUCACCUAUUUCAACAAAGAGACUGACGAGAAGAAUUCCUUCUGGUUUACAGCAGCUGAGCCCCCGCCUGACUGGAACACAUCCCGAGAGCCCUACCAUGUAAGUUUCACUGCCAAAGAGACCGACUGCCUGACAGCAGAAAAUAUCACCCCUGUCACAUGUGCCUUCAAAAAAAAUGGGUCUGACACCACUGGGCUAGAUGAAUUCCGAGGUCCAUUCCAACACUAA